CGGGAUUGGAUACAAAAUAACGGGGCACACAAAGAGUUCAGGGGCGUUGGUGGUUUUGCUCUGAAUUUUGUCAAGGAAGUCAAAAGUAGACUAUUUGAAAGAUUAUCGACGAUUUCAGAGAUCUUAAUAACAUCCAACAGUUAUGGCAGGUAAAACAAAUGUCAUUGCAUUGCAUGAUGAAGAGGCCGUGCCCGGUGCAGAGGGUCCUCUUGUCGCAGUGACUUUUCAGAAAACUGCUCACAAAAAACAGAAGUACCUGGAGUCUGAACCCAAAGCAUUGGGGGUGACUCAGAUUGCCCUCAGUGUGUUCUAUAUCAGUUCUGUCAUUGUCAUUCUCACCAACAGCAUAAGCAUGGUGGUUGAAGAUUUAACACAAAUCAUUGGAUCAGUGUUUGUGAUCAUAGCUGGUAGUUUGGCCAUAGCUGCACAGAAUCUCCAUCUUCCCACUCUGAAGGCCUGUCUGGGGAUGCAGGUAGUGGCCUGUGUAGCAUCAGUGAUCAACUUGAUCGUCUCUGUGUCAGACAUGGCUGGACACGAAUAUGGUUAUGGCUGCUGGAAAUACGUUGAAAUCAACAGCACUGAUCACAAUGAUUCUUGCUAUUCAAUCACUGCUUCUACUGAACAUUACCUUGCUGAGUUGGUCCUGAUAAAUACUGCUCUCAUCGCUAUCUCUGUCACGCUCGCUGCCUACUGCUGCAAGGUGGUCAAUUGCUGCUCUCCAGGACAACGAAUGGUGAUCAUAGCUGGUAGUUUGGCCAUAGCUGCACAGAAUCUCCAUCUUCCCACUCUGAAGGCCUGUCUGGGGAUGCAGGUAGUGGCCUGCGUAGCAUCAGUGUUCAACUUGAUCGUCUCUGUGGCAAGAAUGGAAGCACACAGUUAUUUCUGUUGGAAAUACGGUGAAGGGAACCUCACUGAUUACGACAAGACUUGCAUUUUAUUUAAUAAUUCUGCUACACAUUACUUUGCUGAGUUGAUCCUGAUACAAACUGCUCUCAUCGCUAUCUCUGUCACGCUGGCUGCCUACUGCUGUAAGGUGGUCAACUGCUGCUCCCCGGGACCACGAAUGCCGGUGAUCACAGUCCAAGUCCCUCCUGCUCAGCAAUGAGGAGAGAUACCAUGUGAGGACCUAUCAAGACAAGCGAUCCAACCCCUUAAUCAACCAGCAAAAACAUUCUUCCAUCAACUGACAUAUUGUAGGCCUAUAUGCCUACACGUAUGUCAGACCGAUGGAUUUGUUUUUUUUAUAGAAAACAGCUUGGCAUGAUGUAGCCUAAUGUGAGUUAUAUUUUAUUAGGGGUCCUAGCAGGUUCGUAGAACUGUGAUGGAAAACAUUUUGUUGGUGCUUUUCUAUUUACCAAUUUCUGUGUUCUAUGUUUGUGCUUUUCUAUAAACUAAUUUCUGUGUUCGUGCAAGUGACUGAUUAAACGAAUCCUCACUAUCAGUAUCUGCAAUUUGGCAGUACACCGAGAUCCUUGUUUAGGGAAAGUGAUAUCUCAGUUUCAAGGUCUCAGCUUAGAGAGAAGAAGCCUUGUGAGGUAUUGGUCUGUCACAUGCAUGACCCAGUAUUGGUUGUCACAUGAAUGAAGCAAACAUGAAUUAUGAAUGAUGUAUAAGCUAAAUCAUGCAAAUAUAACUUUUCAGUAUAUAAGGGAACUAACGGGACUGCCCGUUAGAGCUCACUUCAGACCGGUACUUUAUGCAUCUAAGUUUGACUGUGACCUCUCCAGCUUGCUGACAAUAAAGAGUGAUUCAUUUAUAAUUGA